CAAGAAAGUUUUCAUAUCCAUCUAAUAUUCGGAAUUAAAAAAUGAAUAAUCAAUAAAUAAAAGAAUUUUUCUUUUAGAAAAUUCGGUAUUUUUUUAAUUAAUUUACUUAUUAAUUGCAUAAACGAAAAUUUUUUUUUUAUUUCUAAAUACGAAAUUGGUGAAUAACAACAAUUUCGUGCGGUGCCCGCCAUAAUGAUUAGUGCAGAACAUGUUUGGCUAAAGCGUACAUCGUUGUGCAAUUUUCAUUUUUUUUUUAUUUGAAGUAAAAGUGCAGAAAAUAUUUCGAAAGUAUAAGGAAUAUUUAAUUUAAUCGUUAUUAAUUAUUUUUUUGAUUUAAGUAGGGAAUUUUUAUAAAUUUUAGAUUGCUAAAAAUGAAUUCGAAAAUUGUAAAAAUAAAAAUCAAUUUUAUUUUAAGAUAGUAAUGUGUGUGCGCGUUGUAAGAAUUUUAGAUGUCGGAUAUUAGCAAUUGUGUUUGUUACGUAUACAUAUAAGCUGAAAAUUUGGAAUCCAUUUUGAUUAUUUUUUUUUAUAGUGUGUAACGUGGUGAAUUAAUUUUUAUAGGCAAACAAAAUUAAAAAAAAAAAAAAUGCAUGAAAUUUUAAGAAUCGUCGUUUGCAUAUUAAGUUUAAAGAAAUAACCGGUGAAGCUAUUUCUGUUUUGGAAAAAAAUAUGAGAGUGAUUCAAUAAACAAAGAUUUUUGAACAUUUUUAAUGAUCAAAACAAAAAAUACAAUGUAAAAUUACAACGUUGUCGUUGUUAUUGUAAUAAGUAAAAUGGAAAGAAAAUGCUGUGGGACUCAAAAUUAUAUUUCGACGGUUAUUGGAAAUAUUGCUAGUGAUAUCUAAAGAAAUACAAAAAAAUUCUUUUUUAAAAGUUCCUCAAAAUGAAUUAAAGAUUAAUUAAAAUCUCAAUUUUAAAAAAUAUACAUUGAAAUCUGUAGAAAUUAACUUCAAAACCAUUGAUUACAAACACAAAAAAAAUACCGGCAAAAUUAAUUAACUAUUGUAAAUACUACACGAUAAAUUAGGUUUAAGUAAAACAUAUGUAGCUUAACUAAUAGCUUUUUACAAUUAUUGAGUUCUUUUUAGAAUUUCUUAAAGAUAAAGUGGUUGUUAAACACGUGAAAUAUAAAUAUUUGAAUUCUUUUACAGCAUAAAUUUUAUUACAUGCUUGAUUUAUAUAUGACGUAAAGAAAAUCAGAGAAAUGUCAAAAUUAUCUUUUAGAGCAAGGGCUUUAGACCCUUCAAAACCAAUGCCAAUUUAUUUGGCAGAGGAAUUACCAGAUUUACCAGAAUAUUCAGCAAUUAAUCGAGCCGUUCCUCAAAUGCCUAGUGGUAUGGAAAAAGAAGAAGAAUCUGAACAUCAUUUACAAAGGGCAAUAUGCACAGGAUUAAUUAUACCAACACCUGAAGUUUUUCCAACUGAAAGUGAAUUUUAUGAAAGGGUUUACCCUGCAAAUUAUAAAAUGCCCAGGCAGUUAAUUCGAAUGCAACCUUUGGGACUUGAACAGGACAUUCCGGACUAUGAUAUAGAUAGUGCUGAUGAAAUAUGGGUCAAUCAGCAGAGUAAAAGAUUUGAUCUAACACCACUAAAAUUUGAACAGAUGAUGGAUAAAUUAGAAAAAAGUUCUGGUCAAACAGUAGUUACCUUAAAUGAGGCGAAAGCAUUAUUAAAACAAGAUGAUGAAAUUAGCAUAGCAGUUUACGAUUAUUGGUUGAAUAAAAGAUUAAAAAUGCAACAUCCACUAAUAUUAUCAGUUAAAACUGAAAAUCGUUCUGGACAAGCAACAAAUAAUCCGUAUUUAGCAUUUCGUCGACGAACUGAAAAAAUGCAAACAAGAAAAAAUCGAAAGAAUGAUGAAACGUCUUAUGAAAAAAUGUUGAAAUUGAGGCGAGAUUUAAGUAGAGCUGUGACGUUACUUGAAAUGGUCAAAAGAAGAGAGCAAGCAAAACGUGAACAUUUACAUUUAGCAAUUCAAAUCUUUGAAAAAAGAUACCAAGUUCGAGAUUUUUCAGGAUCUGUGCUUUCAGAACUUAGUUCUAACAUCAAAACAUUUAGGCCAGCAUUUGCCCCAAUUUACUCAAAUCAAUAUCCACAUCAUUCAUCGCUGUCGUCAUUAGCAACAUCAUCAUUAGGGAGCAGUAAUUUUCAAAAUAACUCUAGUUCUGUGGUUAACACUAGCGGACAUCAUUUUUCAACAGCACAGUACCUGAAUUCAUCAGAUCUGUUACCUGGAAACGAUAUAACACACAUUAAUAUUUCAUCAAACAAGCGGGAUUUCAAUAGUACUGUUAGUGGCGUAGAUUGUAAUAUAAAUACACGAAGGGAAAAACGUCAAUACAAAAAGCGGAAGCAUAAAAUACAGAGAGAAAAACACUACACGCAUCAUUUACAAACCUCAUCCCCUGUUGCUGUAGAGUCAAAUUUAGAAACCGAUGAAGAUGAUAAUAAUGUGGCCAAUUCAGGAAAUAACGCAAACUCUGCAAACAAUGGAGGUAGCUUAUCAGACAUCGAAGAUGAGGGUCCAUAUGCAUUUAGACGUAAUAAAAAUUGUAAAUACCAUAAACCUUUAUCGAAUUGUGGAAACUGGCCCUGGGAGUCUAAAGAGGACAAUGGUCUUGCGGAUUCCAAAUAUAAGUUUGUUUUAGCAUCUGUCCGUUAUCCAAGACCUCGAUGUAUAGGAUUUGUCCGGCGUCGGAUAGGACGCGGUGGUCGAAUAAUUUUAGAUCGAAUAUCUACAAAUUUAGAUGAUUUAUGGUCACAGUGCGAUUAUACGAUAUUCAAAAGCGAAGCACAAUUACCAAAAACAGAAAAACCUACUACGACAAAUUUCUUAGAAAAGAAAAUGCCAAAUUUGCAGAGCGACUUUAAUGUAUUAAACAAACAUCAUAUUGAUAAUGAUGAUAAUAAUAAUAGCAAUGAUAAUAAUCAUAAUAGCAGUAAUAAUAAUAAUGAUAAUGCUAAUAAUAAUAGUAAUAUUUGUAAUAUUGGUUAUAAUAAUGAUAAUAUUAACAGUAGUAAUAGUAAUAGCAAUAAUAAUGGAAAUAAUAAUGAUACCAAUAACAAUAAUGGUAAUCAUAAUAAUUUCGGUAACAGUAGUAAUAUUAAUAUUCAUAAUUGUAAUAAUAAUUACGUGAAUAACAAUAGUUACAAUAACUAUAACAGCCACAGCAACUAUAACAGUUUUAAUAGUAUUAGUUUAUUGAACAUAAAUAUCAACAAUAAAAACAUAAACAAUAGUAAUGGUACCACCAUAAACGUUAAUAAAAAUAACAACGCUAAUAAAAAUAAUAUUAAUAAUGAUAAUAAUAAUAAUAAAAGUAAUAAGAAUGAUGAAGACGAUAAUAACAACAAUAAUGAUGAAAAUAAUGAAGAAGAUGAUGAUAAUAAUAAUGAUAAUGACAAUAAUAAUAACAACAAUAACAAUAAUAAUAAUAACAAUAACAACAACAAUAAUGAUAAUAAUGAUAAUGAUAACAACAAUAACAAUAACAAUAAUAACAAUAAUAAUGAUAAUAAUGGGGAUAGCAAUCAUAACAAUGAUAACAACAAUAACGAUAAUAAUAAUAAUAACAAUAACAAUAACAACAAUGAUAGUACCAAUAACAGUAAUAAUAACGGUAACAAUGAUGAUGAUAACUUAAAUUAUAAUAAUGAUAAUAAUAAUAAUAAUAAUAAUAAUUACAACAAUUAUAACAAUGACUGUUAUAAUAAUGCUAACAUCCAUAAUGAUAAUAAUGACAAAAUUCAAUACAAUUAUAAUGUGUGCGAUAAAGAUGAUAAAUAUAAUAAAAAUAACAAUAAUGAUAACAAUAACAAUAAUAACAACAAUAAUAAUAACAACAGUAAGAAUAAUAAUAACAACAAUGAUAAUAACAAUAAUCAUAAUACCCACAAUAGAAAUACUAAUAAUGAAAACAUUCAAAAUAAUAAUGAAAAUAAUAGCGCGCGCAAAAGUAGUUACAAUAAAUAUGGCAACAGUAAUAGUAAUAACAAUAAUAACAACAACAAUAACAAAAAUAAUAAGAAGAAUGACACUAAUAACAACCAUAAUAAUUGCAAUAGUAAUUGUUGUACAAAUAUCUGCAAUUGUUAUGACAUCUGUAAAAACUUCUGUAAUAACUUUAAAAGAAGUAAUCAUAUUGGCAUAAAAAACGAAAUAUAUAAAAAUAAUAUUGAUAAUAUUUACAAUAAAAUAAAUAGUAAAAAUAAUCCCUAUAUUCCUCGUAAUAAAAAUGAUUCGAAUUAUAAUCAAAGCAAUAGCAGUAAGAAUAAUUAUAGCAAAUGUCAUUAUAAAGUCUGUGCUGACAGUAUGAAUAAUUGUAUCGCAAAAAAUAAUAAGAAAAACAGUAAUAAUAAAAAUUGUAACUAUAAUAGUAAGCAUAACAGACACAAAAUAAAUUAUGUCAGUCCUAAUAAUUUUACUACAAGCACUAUAAAUAAUAAUAAUUGUUAUAAUGAAAGUAACAUUUGUGAUUUUGAUAGUAAUAAUAAUUUUGGUAAACAUAAAAAUCAUCACAAAAUUAUUAGUGAUAUAUGUAGUAAUAUCGCAUUUAGUUUUUCAAAUCAUAAUAAUUGCAAUGAUAUUCAUAUGAAUAAUAUAUUAAGUCACAAUGAAAUAAAUCAUAAUAUGAUGAAUCAUUGUUAUAACAUCGACGAAAGUAACAACUACACUAAUCGUGGCAAAUACAAUAAUAAUAAUGUUAGCAAAAGAUGUAGUAAAAGAAAUAAAUAUGUUUGCAAUAACGAGAAAUGUGACUUUAUAUAUCUCAACAGUAAUAAAAACAACAAUAAAAAUAAUAAUAAUAAUAAUAAUAAUAAUAAUAAUAAUGAUAGUAAUAAUAUUAAAAAUAAUAAUAAAGCUAAUAACAUUAAUAAUAAUAGAGCUGAAAAUAAUUGUAAUGAUAAUAAAAAUAAUAGAAAUAAUAAUAAUAAUAAUAAUAAUAGCAAUGGCAAUAACGCAAAUCAUAAGUAUGAUAUUUAUACAAAUAAUAUUGAUACUUGUUAUAGUAAUAAUGAUUGUAGUAUUAAUGAUAAGAACCGGAGUAGUAGACAUCAUGAAAAUUGUAGAAAUGUUGAUAACAGUAAAGAAUGUAGAAAUAAUCAAAAUAAUAGUAACAACAAUUUUGUCGUCAACACAAAUUUAUUUCAUUGUAGUAAUUUACCAGAAGAAUUCUCAAGAAAAUGCAACAUGAAUAGUGAUUCAAAUAUUAGCAGUAAGCAGGAUACAAAAAUUUACAGUGUUCAUGCACAACGAAAUAAAAAACUAUCCAUUAUUAGGAAGUGGAUUUUAAAUUAUUUAAAAAAUUCUAACUCAAAAUCAUAUUUAAAAAAUGAAAUGCAGCAGAAUCUUAAAAGUAAAUGGACUUGCGAUUCAAAAUACUUUUGUAAAUCAGAUACUCAAUUUACAAAGGCCAUACCUCUUACAGUAAUAAUAUGAAUAAACUAAAAUGAAAAAUGUCCCUGGUUAAAUAAAAUAAAUUUAAAACUACUUUACUAUCAGUACAUUUCAUCACAUAUCAUAUAUCGAAGAUAUCUUAAUAUCUUUAGCCAUUGGGUCAUGACAAAAAACAACAAUUGGAUAUAUUGAAAUAUGAUAUCAUACUGAUAGAAAUUUAAUCCUUAAGAACUAAUAAAAUAUUAAAUUUAUCAGAAAUACAAAAAAAUGCAAAAUUUUUCUGUUCAAUUUUACUAAAUAUGUACAAUAAAAAAAAAAAUUUAAAAUUGUUACUAAAAUUUUCGUUAUACUAAAUUGAUUUGAGUUUAUUGAUGAUAAAAUAAAAUAUAUAUAUAUGAAAAUAUAAUUAUUAACAAAACACCAAUACCUAAUUUAAAAACACUGUAAAAAUUAAACAUUGUCAACGAAACUUUUUAAGUCAAAAGAUAAAGAUAUGGAUGUAAACAAUGUCAACAUUUACAAUUUAAACAUAAAAAAAAAGUUCAGAGAUUUCCGUUUUUAUCCAAUAUUUCGGUAUAUGGAUAAAUUAUGUGUUCAAAAAUUUUAUAGUUUUAGUAACUUAUUUGAAAUAUGAAAUACAACUUCCCUAUCAAACAAUUGAAAAAAAAAAAGUUUACAAUUGCAAAAUGAUAAAACUAUUUUAAAAAAUGUUAAACUUAUGGGAACUAUUUAAAUUUACUUCAAAAACAACAUUUUUUGUAUGUUGGCUUGUUUAUUUCAAGUUCACCUUCAUUUUUAUACGCAUAAAGCUCUAGAAAAUCUAUAUCAAGUUGCUUUACACUAAGUGUAAGCAUUUCCAUGUUUUUAAAAUAGGUCAAUUUCAAGAUUUUCAAGGAAUUUUUGUCAUGAAAUUUAAAUUUGGUGAUUUUAAUAAUUAAAACAAAUUGGUAAUUUUUACUAAAUUUUUUGAUAUUUUUUUAUUACAAUUAUUAUUUGAGAAUAAUAUACUUAAAAUUUCCGAUUCUACAUUAUAUGUUAAUAUUAUAGGAUUAUUUAUUUUAAAUAAUCGAAAAUAGUAAUCAGUUGAUUAUUUAUUUAAAGUUUCAUGUUUUUCUAAAACAAAAAAUCUAAUUUAACAAAACACUUACUUUUGAAACAAAAUUCUAAAUAUAAUUUCACGUCGGUCAAAUCUUAUAACAAUCUUAAUAUGUUUUAUUUAUAUUUUUUUAAUAUUAUUUGUUUUUAACAUAAUAAAAUAUUUUUACAAUGUAGAUAAUUUAAAUAUUUUACAAUGCAAAAAUUGAUAUAUCUCAAUAUUUAUCUAAAUAAAAUGCAAGUAAAAAUAAAAUUAUUACCAAUUUGAAAAUUUUUUCUUAAUAAUAUUAUAAUGUAAACUUAAAAACA